CAUCUUGUUUUGUAGUUCAUUGAGAUCAUUUAGAUCGUUUCGUUUAUCGGUGCGCUAAUAAGUUUGAACACUAAGUUCAACAUUUACGAGAAAAAAGUGCCUACAUUUAAUAAAUCAGAUUAUAAUUAGAAUUAGGUGUUUUGCAUCAUCGUUUGUAUAGCUAAAAACACAAUGGGCCGCGGAAGGGACCGUAGUCGUGAUAGGCGUCGCAGUCGAUCUCGAAGCCGAAGUAGGAGUCGCAGUCGUAGCAGAAGCCCUCGUUAUGGACUGGGCUCAGGUGGUGGUGGUGGUGGUUAUGGCGGUGGUGGACGCAGAAGUAACCCGGGAGCCAGCCUUCGGAAACCUAAGUGGGACUUGAGUCGUUUAAAACCAUUUAAGAAAGAUUUUUAUGUCCCACAUUUAGACGUUGAAAAGAGACCUGAAUCGGAUGUUGAAGCCUGGAGAAGUGAAAAUGAAAUUACUUUGAAAGGUCGAAAUAUACCAAAACCAACACUUACUUUUGAUGAGGCUGGUUUUCCAGAUUAUGUUAUGGAUGAAAUAGAUAAAAUGGGGUUUGCUAAGCCUACACCCAUUCAAGCCCAAGGUUGGCCUAUUGCUCUUAGUGGCCAUGACAUGGUAGGAAUAGCAUCAACAGGUUCUGGAAAAACUCUUUCCUAUAUAUUGCCUGCAAUUGUACAUAUUAACAAUCAACCUAAGUCCAGUAGAGGGGAUGGACCAAUAGCACUGGUACUGGCACCCACUAGAGAAUUAGCCCAACAAAUACAAGAAGUUUGUGAUAAAUUUGCAAAUACAUCAAAAAUUCACAACACUUGUUUGUUUGGAGGUGCACCUAAAGGACCACAAGCAAGAGAUUUAGAUGCAGGUGUAGAAAUAGUGAUUGCAACACCUGGUAGAUUGCUUGAUUUCUUAGAAAGUGGACGUACAAAUCUGAAACGUUGUACAUACUUAGUUCUUGAUGAAGCUGAUAGAAUGUUGGACAUGGGUUUUGAACCUCAAAUAAGGAAAAUUAUUGAGCAAAUAAGGCCUGAUCGUCAAACUCUCAUGUGGUCAGCAACUUGGCCUAGAGAAGUACAAAGCUUGGCUUCAGAGUUUCUUAAAGACUAUCUUCAAAUUAAUGUUGGUUCUUUACAACUUGCUGCCAACCAUAAUAUAUUACAAAUAAUUGAUGUAUGCAUGGAGUAUGAAAAAGAAACCAAACUGAGUACUCUAUUAAAAGAAAUCAUGGCUGAAAAAGAAAAUAAAACUAUUAUAUUUAUUGAAACCAAAAGGCGCGUUGAUGAUAUAACUAGAAAAAUGAAACGUGACGGAUGGCCAGCAGUGUGUAUUCAUGGUGACAAAUCACAAAAUGAAAGAGAUUGGGUGCUUCAAGAUUUUCGUAGUGGAAAAGCUCCUAUUCUUGUAGCAACUGAUGUAGCAGCUAGAGGAUUAGAUGUUGAUGAUGUGAAAUUUGUCAUCAAUUUUGAUUAUCCUAGCAACUCUGAAGAUUAUGUUCACCGGAUUGGAAGAACAGGAAGAACAAACAAAACUGGAACUGCAUACACUUUCUUUACGCCUUCGAAUGCUGCUAAGGCUUCAGAUUUGAUUUCUGUAUUGAAGGAAGCUAAACAAGUUGUAAAUCCAAAAUUGCAAGAACUUUCCGAACAACGCGGUGGUGGUGGCGGUGGGCGACGUCAUCGCGGACGAGGUGGUCGGUAUCGUCGCAGACGGUCUCGGUCUCGAUCUAGGUCGCGGAGACGUCGUACUCGCUCACGAUCGCGUUCACGAGACCGACGCCGCCGCCGCCAUAGCUCUUCGAGGUCGUCGAGAAGCAAAUCUUCCCGAUCGUCAAGAAGCCGUUCCCGAUCCCGGUCUCGAUCUCGUAGUCGAUCACGUUCAGGCAAGUGCAGUCCAGUGAAGGAUUCUGUGGAAAUCACGCCGAAGCCGGCGCCUCAGGCAUUGUUACCUACACCGAAAACGCUCUUACCGACUCCCAUUGGCCCACAACUUCCCGUCCCUGAUAGGUUUAAUAACAGAUGUCCACCAACCCCACCUUCCAAAAACGAGUUACCAUAUACUAAUAGAACAGACAUGACUGAAAAUGGGAGUAUUAAUAGUAGUAACGGUAAUAAUAAUCAAAAUCAAAACCAACACCAACCACAGCAUCCGCUUCCAUCUCAGAUACCCCCUUUAAUGGCCUUAAAUCCCCAAAUGAAUAUGUCAAUACCUCCACCACCUAUGAAUAAUCCCCCUUUUGUAAUGCCUCCUUUUUUCCCUGCUGAUCAAUAUGGUAUGAUGUUACCACCAAACUUCGCCCCUAAUCCUAUGAUGUCUUCUGGUGGUUGGUCUGCACCUCCUCCACCUCCUCCUCCGCCACCUCCAUCCGAUAUGGCUAAUGGGAUUCACGGUAGAGGCUCAGGCCAAAGUGGCCUUGAGUUAGAUUCCAGAAAACGAGGAGUCUAUGGAUCUAGUUCCGGCGGCCUCGGCUUGGGCAGCGGCUCUACAGGCCCCCCCGCCUCUGGUGGAGGUCUCGGCUCAAGCAAUAAUUUGGGAUCUGGAGGGGGCUUGGGCUCUAGCAGCGGGCUCGGCACUGGCGGUGGGCUGGGUUCCGGCGGAGGUCUCGGCUCUGGUGGAGGUCUCGGAGCUGAUAACGGUUCCGGUGGAGGCCUUGGCUCCGAGUCUUCUGGACCACGGUCUAGAGGCCGAGAUAGGCGCCGUCGUGGAAGAGGACGUGAUCAUGACAACCGUGACUCCGACAGUCUCAACUCUGGUGGCCUCGGGUCUUAUGGACUCGGAGGCUCCGAGGGCGGCGGCCUGGGCCAGUCUUCUGGCUACGGUCUCUCUGGCGGUCCUGGUGUACCCCAUGGGAGCCUACUGCCGCGCAUGCUCCCUCAAAAUGGUGCUGAUAAUAGGUCAAAUGGCGCCAACUUCACUGCUUUUGGUUCUUAUGGACCCAAAAAUAAACAUUUAAAUGAAGAAGGUAAUGAAGGUUACAAUAAUGAUGAACAAAAUGGACCCAUACAAUAUUAUGAGCAACAAAACUCUGGACCUGACAGACCUUACAGCAUGUUGCAGCCAGGACUGAGCGAUGCGCAGGCGAAUGGCUCCAUGGGGUAUAAUGACCGCCAGAGGAAUCGCCGACGGUGAACUUUGGAGAAAACGGUCACAAUGGUGAUUCCCGUCGACGAAGAAGACGAUAAACAUCGCAACACGCCUUGCACGACCUAAUCUGGUUUAUUCAUUAUUGUUUCAUUCCAUGAUUGUAUCAUAUCCAUAAUAAUUUUGUGAACAUUUGCACAUAUUGAUUUAAAAAAAGAUGGAAAACGAAUCGGCAUUUUUUAAGACUAAAAAAUUUAAUCCAGUAAUUUAAUAACGUUUAAUGUGCUCGUCUUAUUGUUAGGGCUGUUGCACUUUCAUGGGAGAUUAGGGAGAACAACACCUUAAUAAUGAACGUGGAACCGAUUCACAUAUUUUUGUGGAUCUAGGACACUAUAUACCAUGAUUUUAGUGUAAUAUGUGGAGCGGCUCUAUAAGUAAUUAAAUCUAUCAUUUGGGAAAAUCCGAAAUUUAUUAGAAAAAUGCAAAAUUUAUUAGCUUAAAGCCCAACAGCCAGUCUAAAUCAAAUAGUCUUAUGCAUAAGGCUGCGAAACAUCAAUGAAUAAUCUACUUUAAUAGAUUAAAUAUUGUGCACAUUGAUUACAAUAUGUGGUCUCUUACAUUUUAAAUUUGACGGUAAUUUAAAUACAUCAUUUACUAAAUAUAAAUAAUGAUUAUGAAAUAAGAACUUAAAAUGCAUCAUAUUAAACAGUUUAUUAUUUGACAAAUAUUGAAAAGUGCAAUAAUGAUCACUUGGCAACCCUACUGAUGCUACUUGCAUGGAGGACACAAAUAAACUCCAAUACAUGCUGGUAAAGUGCAUUUCAAUAAAAUAUAAAAACUUGCGGCAAGAUAUUAAAUUGAAUUUAAAAAAAAUUGUUUGUUUUCAAAUCAUAUUACUUUAAAUCACAACUAAAAAUGUGCAUAAAUCCAAUGUAAGCAAGUUAAGAAAUAGAGGCUAAGAAUUUUUGAUGGGAACGAAUGUUCUCACAAGUUCUGCUAGCCGUACAAACUGAACAUCCGAGACACAUGUGCACUUGUUAGCCAAUCUUAGCGGACAAGGGUUGAAAAUGAAUUAAGGACUAUGGGAUUUGCUAGCAUUCGCUCGGUUUUGUCAGUUCAAAUUGAUAAGUACUAAGAUUGACUAGGUUUUCUUCGCUUGCUCACACUAGAUUGGUGCAAAGUGAUGGUUUACAUGUUUGUCUGUUGACAUUCGCUUGAUUUGUUUGCUGAUAAGUUUUAAUAUCAUAAAAUAUAGUGUAUAAUAAACAUUUUUUGUAAUGAGUAGAUGUAGGGAUAAUUUUUUACCUACUACAUUUCAUAGUGCACAAGAUGCACCGUUUAUUAAAGACGGUACUAAUUUACCUAUUUAAUUUUUUAGGUAACUUAUGAAUCUGAUGCAAACUUUUAGAGAUAACUCUUUUCAUGUAAAUUUCUGUAAUGUGAACAAAAAUAAAGUAUAAAAUAGAAAUGUUAUUUAUU